GACAGCGCCUCUUCUUCUGCUGCGCCCUCGCUCCGCCUCGCCGUCGGCCAACUUAUCAGGCUAGAAGACGGAGCAGCAUCGCAGGAGCAGCACCAGCGCAGCCUUUCUUUCUCCCUCAUCCUCCGCCUCGAGUUCGUCGGCCCCGCACAGCAAGCAACGCGCGGUUGGCCCGUGCCUCGCGCUAUCGUAUCGCCGCCGCCAUGCGCCCCGCUCUCCCUCUUGGCGCCCUCGUGCGCGGCCACACUUGCGUCCGCACCACCACCUCCAUCACAACCUUCAGACGCCCGCUCGCAACCAUGGCGCCCGGACUCGUCGACGGCGCCGCUGCGCCCGCCUCGCUGCCCAUCGCCGCCGGCAUGGCCGCCGCACCCGUCGCCGCGCCGACGAAGAGCAGCAGCCACGUCAUGCACCGGCACCUCGGCGUCAUGCCGCUCAAGGCCAUCCGCGCAGAGGGCUGCUACAUCUACGGCGAGAAUCGUCGUUUCUUGGACGCGUGCGGCGGUGCGGCCGUCGUGUCGGUGGGCCACGGAGACAAGCGCAUGAUCGCGGCCCUGACGGAGCAGUUGAACUCCGUCAACUACGUGCACUCGGGCAACUGGGCCACGGACUGCAGCGAGGAGCUGGCCGAGGUGCUGUGUGCCGAAGCCAACGAGCGUGGCGGCGACUUUGCUCGCGCGUACUUCGCUUUGGGCGGCUCUGAGGCUGUUGAGAGCGCCGUCAAGCUUGCCCGGCAGCACUUUGUCGAGAAGGGCGAGCUGCAGCGCACGAACUUCAUUGGCCGUGACCAAGGCUUCAACGGCAACACGCUGGGCUGCCUCGCACUGGGAGGCCACAAGGGCCGCCGCAAGCACUUUGAGCCGAUGCUCGCGUCGGGCGCCUUCCACAAGGUCUCGCCUUGCUAUGCGUACCGCCACCAAAAGGAGGGCGAGAGCGAGGCCGAGUACGUGGCGCGCCUCGAGACGGAGCUCGAGGCCAAGUUCCAGGAGCUUGGGCCGGAGACCGUCGCGGCAUUCUGUGCCGAGACUGUGGUGGGCGCGACGACCGGAUGCGUGCCCGCGGUUAAGGGCUACUUCCAGGCCUGUCGUCGAGUCUGCGACCGUCAUGGAGCGCUGUUCAUCCUCGACGAAGUCAUGUCGGGCAUGGGCAGAACUGGCACCCUCCACGCUUGGGAGCAAGAAGGUGUGAUCCCGGACAUCUUCACCGUCGCCAAAGGCAUCAGCGGCGGAUACGCGCCCCUGAGUGCCGUGCUCGCCAGUCGCAAGGUCAUCGAGCCCAUCGAGCGCGGCAGCAAAGUGUUCGUCAGCGGCUUCACCUUCCAGUCCUACAGCUGCGGCACUCGCGCCGGACUUGAAGUUCAGAAGAUCCUGAAGUCGGACAGACUCGUCGAGCGCUGCGCAGAGAUGGGCGUCUUCCUCGAGGCCGAGCUGCACCGCUGCCUGGACGACCACCCGAACGUCGGCAACAUUCGCGGCCGCGGCCUCUUUUGGGGCGUCGAGUUCGUCGCCGACAAGGGCACCAAGGAGCCGUUCAGCCCCAAGGUCGGGCUGUCCAGCCGCGUCGUCGACGAUGCGAUCUCGAAGGGCGUCGUCAUGUACACCGGCUCGGGCACUGCGGACGGCGUCGCCGGCGACCACAUCCUGAUCUGUCCCCCGUACACCAUCACACGCGAGCAGCUCACUGAGGUCGUCGAGACGCUCCGUGCGGCGCUCGACGAUGUCCUGGCGCAGAUCUGAGGCUCACAAUCGGGCAGACGAG